AUGCCCCCCCCCAACAGAGGUGAGAGGCUCUCCUUUUUAGACCAUCUUGAAAACAUUGUAUGCUCUCUUCCUAAGAGCCGCAACUGGAUAAUUUUGGGAGACUUGAAUAUCAGGAUUGGGAAGGAGGAGUUUUACAUACAUGAUGGAGUAAUUGGGAAUGCGGCCAUUCCCCAACCAAAUCGCGAAGAUAGUAGAAAGCUCUUGGAGUUGUGCAGGAGUUUUUCCCUCAAAAUCGAGAAUACUUUCUUCUUUCAUAAUGAAAGUAAUACUUUAACUUAUAGGAGGAACAAUAUUACUUCUCAAAUCGACUUUUUCAUUUCCAACAUUCAUGGUUGGUUUACUGAUGUAAAAGCAUUGCGGAAUAUAAAUAUUUCAGAUCACAAGUUAAUCAAAGCGAACCUCCUCAUAAAGAAUUUAUGGGGAAACUCCCAACGCCUCCCCACAUCUAAUCAGCCCAGAUUUUCUCCCUGGACAAAUAAUGCUACAUCUAAUCUGCCCAGAUUUUCUCCCUGGACAACUAAUGCUAAAAAUUUACUACGACCUGAAGUAAAGCUGCUAUUAGGCCAAAACUUAAGAGACAGGAUGACAGCACGUGAAAUUACAUCGGAGUCUGUUUCUACGGAGGCAUGUUGGUCCUCCUUUAAGAGUAUUCUUUUUGGAGCCUGUAAUGACCUUCCUAACAUCAAUGGUUCUCCCUCGAGUCAUGAAUGGUUAUCUGAUGAUACAGUUCUUUUGAUAGCUGAACUUAGGUCGCUUGAUAGACGUGAUGGUGCCCUUUGGACGACAAUCCAUAGACUCCUUAGGAGGGACAGAAGGAUCUACAUAGCAAAGAAAGCUUUCGAGAUUGACAGAGACAUUAGAGAAAACAGAACUUUUGAUGCCUAUAAAAAGCUCAAGCUUUUCUGUAGUGAAAGAGUAUUCAAGCCUCUCCCAUCAAUCAGACUGGACAAUAAUAAAUUGAUUACCGACCCGGACGAACAGAUGGCUCUAUGGUUGGACCAUUACAUGGAAACCUUUGAUUCAAGGAGACGAGUCGUAUUUCCAUCCUCUAGCCGUAGCGCAGUAUCAUCUGAUGCUAACUUUUCUGUGGUGGAAAUAACUAAGGCCAUUAAAAAACUUAGGAACAAUAAAUCCCCAGGUCCAGAUAACAUCUUAGGAGAACAUCUGAAAGCUGCCCCCUUAGAAGUUUCUCAGCUCUUGCUGGGGUUGUUCAAUAUGAUUUGGGUUACGGGGAAGAUGCCAGCCAGCGUCUACAUGGCAGAAAAUUUGAUGGAGGCAACCCCCAUCCCAAAUCUACCCCUACCCCCCUAA